AUGGCCUCCCAGCACACGCCGCCGCGGCAGGCGGCGCCGCCGCCGCAACCGCCGCCACCCGCAGCCGCCACCGCUGCCGCUUCCGGCCAGCCGGCGCCCGGCCAGCCGGGGCAGGCCGGCAGCUACCAGGAGGAGGUGCAGGAAGGCUUCCGCCAGCUCAGGGCGCUGUUUGCGGCCAUAGACGCGGGGCAGCUGUCGCCGGAUGACCCGGGGGCGUUCGAGAGCGUGCGCGGGCGGCCAGGCGUGGUGCUGGAUCCCAUGCCCUGGCAGCGCCUGGUGUCACUGGUGGCGCAGGGCGUCGAGCGGGCGCUGGGCAGCCUGGGGCGGCACCCGCUGGGCAUCAAGCGGUACUGGGACCACCGGGACCACGUCAUUCUGCGGGACCAUGUGUCGGUCACCGACUACCUCAUGCUGGACAUCUUCGGCUUCGCCGCUGAGCUGGAGCCAGACGGGCGGCGCCGGGCCCUCGUCCCGCCCGGCUUCUUCCUGGCUUCCACCCCGGCUGGCGGCAGCAGCGGCGGCUGCAGCAGCGGCAACGGCGGCGGCGGCGAGGGGGGCGGCUUCCAGCUGGUGACCAAGUGGCGGGACAAUGACUUCCCCUACCACCUGCAGCCGGGGGUGGCCCACCUCAACCUCUGGGCCAACCGCCCGCUGACGGCGGAGGAGGUGCAGGAGCACAUUGCGGCGCGGGUGCCCCCCGCCGCCCCGCGCUGCUGGUUUGUCAACACCCCCAGCCUCCAGUCGGUGCCCGCCCUCUGGCACGCCCAUGUGCUGGUGCUGGAAGAGGGGGAGGGGCGGCGGCCCGGCGGCAGCGGCGGCCUAGCAGCACCCCCGGCGGUACAGCGGGACAGCACGGCGCAGCAGGAGCACACCUCCGCACCCCCGCAGCAGCGCCAAUUCGAGCUGGGGACAGCUGAGCAGCUGGCAGCAGCCGUGGCGCUCCUCGCAGGCACGCAGAGGCAGCUGGAUGCCCUGGCAGCGGCAGCGGAGUCAGCGGCCAGCCCUGCAGCCCUGGAGCAGCUGGCAGCGGCAUUUGCUGAGCUCAUGGUGGAGACCCUGGAUGGCGCAGGCAUGCGGCAGCGCAGCAGCAACGGCGGCGCCCAGCGACCACACUGCCUCCCCCGCAGCCUACAACGGCAGUACGGCAUCCGCGACGCAAGAAGGGCGCAACGCAAUGCGGUGCAGCAGGCAGCUGUUGCGCAGCAACGUGGCAUCGGCCCUGAGCAGCAGGACGCAGCCCUGCGGCGGGAGCUGGACCUGCAGCAGCCAGCACCUGUUGACCUCGGCGAGCUGGGGGAAGCUGCGCAGCGCCGCCAGCUGGCGCAGCUCCAGGAGGCGCUGGCGAAGGGCGGCGCCAGCCGGCUGGAGCACUAUGUGCACAACGUGGUGGGCGCCCUCAACCUGGCGCCCGCCAUGUUUGGGCAGCGCGAGACCUACCUGGAUGCAGUACGGCGUCGGCAGGACCGCGAGGCGCUGGCGCAGCUGCGCACCGGGUCGCAUUGGGGCGCGGAAGAGACCGGCCGCUGGACGCGGCGCCCCCGAGAGCAGCGAGUCUGCCCCCACUGCCACGACGGCAUUGAAGAUGCCCCCCACAUGCUGCUCACCUGCCCCCUUUACGCCCCGCUGCGCCUCAACUUUCCUGACCUGUUUGCUGAGCCCCAUUCUCCCCACCGCUUCCUCCGCCAGAAACCGUGCCGCCUCGCCGCCUUUGCUGUGAAGCGCUUGGCGGUUGACCUGGCGCAGCAUUCGGUGCAGAACUGCAUGAACUUACUGGCAGCCCGCAAGAAUGCCGGUGGCGCCCCAACCACAGCCCGGUGA